AUGGGCUCAAUCAGCAAUUUCUCGUGGGAACAAGAUAUCCCCACCUUUCGGUCGGGGAUUCAGGGCGAUGUCCUCCUGCCAGGCGACGAGGGCUACGAAGCCAGUCUAGAACGCUGGUCUAUCGCCGUCGUAGUCAAGCCAAAGUCAGCACAGGACGUCUCCGCCGCGAUCCUUUUCGCAACAAAGCACAGCAUUCCCUUCACCACCUGCGGUGGCGGCCACUCUACAGCAGGCACAUCCUCCUCCAAUGGCGGCAUGGUGAUCCAUCUCGGCCACCUCCGCAGCGUUUCCGUCAACGUCGAAAAGCACCUCGUGACUUAUGGCGGCGGAUGCACUUGGAAAGACGUCGACGACGAAGCCUGGAAGCAUGGUCUCGCCACCGUCGGUGGAACGGUCUCGCACACCGGUGUUGGUGGCCUCGUCCUCGGCGGUGGGCAGGGAAUUCUCAGUGGAAUGUACGGGAUGGCCGUCGACUGUCUGGUUGAGGUAGAAGUUGUGCUUGCGGAUGGAUCGAUUGUCACGGCCUCACAAACAGAGAAUGGAGACCUUUUCUGGGCCUUGCGUGGAGCUGGAGCGAGCUUUGGGGUGGUGACGCGGUUCACUUCCAGGGUCUUUCCGCAAGGGAGAGUGUGGUCUGGGCCUUUGAUGUAUCCGACGUUGAAGUUGCCCGAGCUUGUAGCAUGGGCGAACGAGUUCGUGGAGAGGAUGGAUGAGAGGCAGUACGUGGUGAUGGGGUUCACCUACGGCCCGCCGCCCGACCCGCAGCCGCUCAUCAUUGUUCAGCCGUUCCACAAUGGUACCGGAGAGGAAGUCAAGGAGGGCUUGUUCAAAGGCCUCUUCGAGGCCGGGCCGCUGGUGGACUUGACGACAGAGAUGGACUACCCAGUUGCCAACACUUUGGUAGACGUCUUCCAAGGCCCCGGAGCGAGGCGACUGACUGGGGGCACCAACCUCACGACACCAUUCGAGCUCUCAAAGUGGGAAGAGAUGUCGCACGAGUUUUAUGCACGCAUAGAUGCAGAGACCGCGCGAGGUAAUGAUAUGCGAACCAGCAUGUUAGCCGUGGAGAUGUACAAAAAGGAUAAGGUGGCGAACGUGCCAUUCGGCGCGACGGCAUACUCGAACCGUGGGAUGUACUUCGACUGCAUGGUGCUGACGUGCUGGACGGACCCGGCCAAGGAUGGCGAAGUUCGCGGAUGGAACCGGGAGCUGGCGCAGAAAAUCAAGGGCAGGAACCAUACUGGGGAGACUGGCGGCGUGGGACAGUACAAUAACUACGUCAGUGAGGAGCUCGAUGUGAGGGAAGGGUUCAAGGAGAACGCGAAGAGAUUGGUGGAAUUGAAGAAAAAGUAUGAUCCAGAGAACCGGUUCUCGAGGAGCCCUUGGAAGAUUGUCAUUACGUAG